AUGCCUUCUCUCCUCCUCCUAGUCUUCAUCCUCCAACUGGCGAUCCAUCUGGUGAACACGUUCGGCGCCGCAACCAUAAACCGCCUGCUAUGGAACCUCUUCAACCUCUUCCCGACCCCGACAUCCAAGUCCACAGCCGAGCAGAAAAAUCUCAAGGCGCAAUACUUCAAGAUCAAGCAGGAGAUGAACGCAACCAGCAGCCAAGACGAAUUCGCGAAAUGGGCAAAGCUACGCAGACAGCAUGAUAAAGUCGUCGAACAGCUAGAGAAGAGCAAAUCCUCCACCGACACAACCAAAUCCCAAUUCGACAGCGCCGUCUCCACCCUCCGCUGGCUCGGCACGAACGGUCUACGCAUGUUUCUCCAAUUCUGGUACUCAAAACAAGCCAUGUUCUGGAUCCCCAAGGGUUGGGUCCCAUACUACGCCGAAUGGCUUCUGUCGUUCCCGCGCGCGCCGUUGGGAAGUGUCAGUAUUCAGGCGUGGGCUUUGGCAUGUGGAGCAGUAAUUCUGCUGGUUAGUGAUGCGAUUGUUGCGCUCGUGGCUUUGGUACAGGGUGAUGGUGUUAAGGUGCCUAAGGAGGCUAUGAAGGUUCCGGGUGAGAAGGCUGGCGCUGCGAGAGGGGAGAAGAAGGAGUUGUAG